AUCGAAUAAUUCCAGUUGUGUUUUGGAGCUCGUCGAGAUCAGAUCGUCGCACUAGCGGAAAGUAUCGGAAGCCAUUAGCCAGAGUUUACCAAACGCCUUUGAAGUGUCUGGAGUGGAUACCACAUCGAAGUAUCAUAUCAAGAUGAGUUCAAAAAAUAAGAAAGUUGUGGCUGAAGUUGAUGCUGCCGCCGGUGACGAGAAGACGGAGACCAAGGGAUCGAAAGGAGUCAAGCGGCCGACCGCUGAGAAACAGCCCGAGUCGAAGAAGGUAAAAAAGGACGAACCCGUCGCGGAGGAAGAGGAAGAUGAUGCGGAGUAUGAAGGGGAGGAUGUCGAGGGAGAAGACGAGGAGUUCGACGAAGAGGAGGACCUCGAGGCGGAGGACGAAGAGGACAUAGACGCCGAAGAGGAUGGUGACGAGGAGGACGACGAAGGCGACGAGGAGGAAGAGGACGAGGAAGCGUAAAUUUGAGAUACUGAGUACAAUAGACAAAGGGGAUCUGUUAUUUUGAUCUGCCUGCAGUAUGCAAACGUGGAGAGUGUUUUUCAAUCAAGAAAAAUAAAUUAGGUUCCGAAAUUAGGUUAGUGUCAGGGUAGCGCUGAAGUAUUUUGAGACAAUAGGAAGCUAAUAGUUUGUAAAGUGAGAACAAACAUGUCGACACGAAUGGUUUGAAAUAAAGUGAUGUGGAAU